AAUGCAAUUUAGACAAGACAUCAAUUUCAUCCCCACUUUUGCUCUUCCAUGUCGGAACCGCCUAACACACACUCGCGCACACACAUUAUUUUCUACAUAGUUAAUUAACAGAGAGCCUUUGGGGGAAAACUAGCCCAAUCGUAAAGAAUCAUGUCUUCUCCAAGCAAACGCCGCGAAAUGGAUUUGAUGAAGCUGAUGAUGACUGACUAUAAGGUGGAUAUGAUCAAUGAUGGCAUGCAGGAGUUUCAUGUUCAAUUUAAUGGACCCAAAGAAAGUCUUUAUCAAGGAGGUGUUUGGAAGGUUAGGGUGGAACUGCCAGAUGCUUAUCCGUAUAAAUCUCCUUCCAUUGGUUUUGUCAAUAAGAUUUACCAUCCAAAUGUUGAUGAGAUGUCAGGUUCUGUGUGUUUAGACGUAAUCAAUCAGACAUGGAGUCCCAUGUUUGGUAAGUCGAACAGGUCUUCUCUCUCUCUCUCUCUCUCUCUCGGGUUAUUGAUUGUGGACUGCUUUACUGCUGCAUCUUUCGGGGUCUAUUGGUGUCUGACAGUUGCUUGUAUCAAUUUAUUUUUCUUUUCAGACCUAGUGAAUGUCUUUGAAGUGUUUCUUCCACAACUUCUUUUAUACCCGAAUCCAUCAGAUCCUUUAAAUGGGGAGGCAGCAGCUUUAAUGAUGCGUGAUCGUGAUGUAUACGAUCAGAGAGUCAAAGAGUACUGUGAAAAAUAUGCAAAGCCCACAGAUGCAGGGGUGUCGCCUGAUGAAAAAUCUAGUGACGAGGAACUGACGGAAGAUGAAUAUGCGUCCAGCGAUGAGGAAAUUGCUGGAAAAGCAGAUCCUUGAGUGGAAAUCAGACAAGGUUAUAACUUUUUGUCUGUCUGUACAUUAUACGCUGUUGUGUGAUGAUAAAGUUUGAUACCUGUCAGUGCUCAUGUGCUUGUGAAGAAAGUUUCGUUUGCAGUUUCUCUUUUA